UCACUUGCCUACAUUUUGCUGUUACGAGGAAGGGUGAAGUGUCCAUUUUAUACGAAUAUGGCCGUACUUACUUUCUAACUUUAUUUCCCCUGAGAAAAGAAAAGAGAAAAAGGCAAACCCUCAGUUACAGUAUCUCAGGAAAUGCAACGUACAUCAUGGAGUAUAGCUGUCCGAUGUGAUGUGCCUUGACUUUCCGCAUCCGGACUCCCCAUCCGGGUCAAAGCCCUAGAUUUGAAGAUUCUAAGCUGUGAUUACGAUAGCCAUCCAGAACCUUGUUACUUUUUUUUCGUUAAAAAACCAAAUCAACCAUGGACCGACCGGGCCUCUUAGAACUUACACUGUCUGUGGAUGUGUUAUUUUGUUGACGAGGCGGACAGAGUGCAGUCAGGAUGAUCGCCCGUCGACAAGGUCGCUCACGGCGCCUGGUUGUCGUCUUACUUGGGAUUUCAACGCUUCUUGGUUUACUCUGGAUGGGAACGGGAUACAGCGAUGCUUCGAACGGGAGAGAAGAGGAAGCGUUGGAGACGAUCGCGGGGUCCCGACGGGUGACGAAAGUGUCCAUGCUAUACGGGGCCCGAAAUGUGCUCUAUGAACGAGCACUGCAAAGCCAUCGACGCCAUGCCGAGCGAUGGGGGUACGGGAUGGAUGUCCUGCAGCAGGAUAUCUCGGUGGGAUACUGGAAUAAACCGAGCUACUUGCUCUCGCUGGUCAUCGCUGAGCUCACCAAGCCGGGAUUAGACCGGGUUGAAUGGUUCAUGUGGGUGGACGCUGACUCGAUCAUAAUCAACCCGGCGAUACCCGUGGAAAUCUUUCUCCCGCCCUUCGAUGUCGACAGCAUCCAUAUAGUCGCCUCCAAGGACCACAAUGGACUGAACACGGGCGUCUUCUUCCUUCGCGUAAGCCAGUGGACCGUCAACAUGCUUAUCGAGGUAUUAGGCUACCCGGCCUACAACCCGGACGCUCAUCUAGGAUUCCAGGAAGAUCAAACUUCCAUGGCAGUAAUCCUCAACAAAACUACAGGCGGCCCGGACGGCAAGGGUUACCGAGACGGCCUGGUCUAUCUUCCGCGAACGUGGAUUAAUACCUACGAGUGGAAACACGCCUAUGAGGGCACCAAGGGCAACCUCCUGGUGCAUUUUCCCGGACUGGAAGACGAACGAUGGCCGCAUAUGUCCACAUGGCUGGAUAUUGUUGAGACUAAGCCCGAGGAGUGGGAGGUACCGCUGGAAGAAACCUGGUAUAUGCACGAGAGCCGUAGCUUCUGGGGGCGAAUCCGAGAAGCAAAGAAGGCUAUCUCAUCUUACGAGGCCCUCUCGAAGAUCACUUCCUCUUCGUCUAGAAACAGGGAACGGUUUGAAUUGGCCGCACGCGAGCUCGGAAAGGUUCUACACGAGACGCCAUUCGACGGAGAAUUGCUGCAACAACGCAUUGAUGACUGGAACCCUACCCUGCCUCCACUGGUCGUGUCCGUGUCCGCCGUUAUGCAGCCCAGCUACCUCGUGGGCAACUUGCCCUCCUUCCUGGUCAUCUUAGGCUUCAUAUACUUCCUCACACUAGCCUAUCGAGUCCACAAGAACCCGCUUUCCUCUCUCCCCGGCCCCCAAAUCACCAAAUGGACCGGCUUCAUCCUGAAAUGCUCUACCGUGCUCGGCCAGCGUCCUCGCUACGUCCACUCUCUCCACCAGAGAUACGGCCCCAUCGUCCGCGUGUCUCCAUCAGAAAUUCACGUCGCGGAUAUUCCCUCCGCCCGCGAAAUCCACCGCAUCGGAAGCGCAUACCAUAAAUCCCCAUGGUACCGGCUUCUCAACCGCAAGGACGGCGAGAGUAUCUUCAGCACCACCGACCCGGAGUUCCACCGCACGCAUCGACGCUUACUUUCCUCUCCGCUGUCGGACACGAACCUGCGCACUGUGAUGGAGCCGCUGGUGCGCGGGAAAGUGCAGCUGGCGAUGCGCCGGAUGGGAGAGGAAAUGCGUUCGCGGGCUGUGGUGGACAUCUACAAGUGGUUGUUUUUUAUGACGACGGAUAUCAUUGGGGAAUUGAGUUUUGGGGAUUCGUUUCGGAUGUUGGAGUUGGGGAAGAAAAACCAAUACAUCACCGACCUCGAAACCGUCGCAGCCGUGGGCGGCAUCCGCGCAACUUUCCCCUCAACCGUCAGUCUCGCCAGCGUGCUCCCGCUCUCCAUCUUCAAAGAAGUCGUCGAAAGCACAGACCGCAUGAUCUCGUACGCCGUCGACUCCGUCAACCGAUACAAAACGCAUCUCGAGCAGAACCCGGCCUCGGCGAACCCCACGCUGUUCACGAAACUGUACCACGCAAGCCAGCUCCACAAGGACAAGGAAGGCGAAAGGGAAUGUCUCUCGGACCAGGAAAUCUGCAACGACGCACAGUCGUUCAUUAUCGCGGGCAGCGACACCACAGCCGCAACGCUUACGUAUCUCAUCUGGUCCGUGUGCCGCGAGGAAGCGAUCCAGGCGGCCCUGGUAGCUGAAUUAAAGGGUGCCUUGGCCGGACCUGGAGCAGCGCAUACCGAGAUAAUAACCGAUACCCAGCUGCGGGACCUCCCCUAUAUGAACCGGGUGAUCACCGAGGCGUUGCGGCUUUAUCCUGCCGUGCCGUCUGCGCUGCCGAGGGUUGUGCCUGAAAAGGGCGCGACCAUGGCUGGGUACUGGAUCCCGGGCGGUGCGACUGUAAGUACGCAGUUGUAUACCUUGCAUCGGGAUCCGGAAGUCUUUGAGAAUCCCGAAAGGUAA